GUGCGGGACUGGGGCUGGGUGGGUGGGCGCGGCCGAGGCAGUCGCUGCGGGGCCAUCUUCGGCGGGCAAGCGGGCUCGGACUGUGCAGCCCGCACCUGUGCCCCUCGCCCGGCCCCAUGGCACCGCGGCCGCUGGGCCCCCUGGUGCUGGCGCUGGGCGGCGCCGCGGCGGUGCUGGGCUCGGUGCUCUUCAUCCUUUGGAAGACCUACUUCGGCCGCGGCCGGGAGCGGCGCUGGGACCGGGGCGAGGCCUGGUGGGGCGCGGAGGCUCCCCGCCUCCCCGAGUGGGACGAGUGGGACCCCGAGGACGAGGAAGACGAGGAGCCAGCGCUAGAGGAGCUGGAGCAGCGCGAGGUGCUGGUGCUGGGGCUGGAUGGCGCGGGCAAGAGCACGUUUUUGCGCGUCCUGUCGGGGAAGCCACCGCUGGAAGGGCACAUCCCCACGUGGGGCUUCAACUCCGUGCGGCUGCCCACCAAGGACUUCGAGGUGGACCUGCUAGAAAUUGGUGGCAGCCAGAACCUGCGCUUCUACUGGAAGGAGUUUGUGAAUGAGGUGGAUGUGCUGGUGUUUGUGGUGGACUCAGCUGACCGACUGCGGCUGCCCUGGGCCCGCCAGGAGCUACACAAGCUGCUGGACAAGGACCCUGACCUGCCUGUCGUCGUGGUGGCCAACAAGCAGGACCUGAGCGAGGCCAUGAGUAUGGUGGAGAUGCAGCAGGAGCUGGGCCUGCAGGCUGUCGAUAGCCAGCGGGAGGUUUUCCUCUUGGCGGCUAGCAUUGCCCCUGCAGGACCCAGCUCUGAAGAGCCUGGUACCGUGCACAUCUGGAAACUGCUCUUGGAGCUUCUCUCCUAGGCUGGAGCUCUCCUGCUCACCGCCUGCCAUGAAGACCACAGUUGUACUGUUGCUGCUUCAUUGCCAGACUGGGCCUGGAGCAAGAGCCACAUGGCAGCAUUUCCCUCCUCCCCUCCUUUCCCUCUCAAGAGCAGGGCCUGGGUAAGGCCAAGAACCAUGCAGAAGCCUUCAUGGUGAGGUGACUGUGAAGCUGAAGCAGGGAGGUGGGUAAGGGAGGGAAGGGAGGAUAAUGUCUGGCUCAUUCCAGACUGGAAUGUGGAUCCAGCUUUCCCUUCUCUUACCUGUAUAGUGAGAUGCUCCGUGGCCUCAAUCCUUCCCUCCUUACAGUCCCAGCAGCUGAGGAACUAGUGUAGGUGUCAGAAACACUCCUAGAGCCUCAAGGUCUCCCAGUCUAGACUGUUCCCUCCUGGUGACAUCAUGCCCUUCUCACAUGGGCAGCUUCUGAGCGGUAACAGCAAGCCUUUGCUCCCAGUCCUGCAUUGUACAGCUCCAGCUCUACGUAAAUGACUUGUGGCCUUGUGCAAUCUCUGCCUCUCUGGCCCCAGGACCAUUAUUUUUAAAGGGAGGUGGGUUCCUGAUUUGGAGAUGCCUUUCCCAGCCAUGGGAGUGUGAAGUGCUAGGAUGAACCUGGCGAUACUAGCAAGGAGCUUUCUGAAGACCUCCUUGCUUUUCCCUGAGCCCAGGCCUGGUCUGCCAGCCUCUCUUGACUACAGAAUAACUGAUAUUCACCAACCAAACAAAAAGUGAAGGCUGGGAUUUUUCCCCACUAAUCUGGCGACAAGCUGCUCUUAUACUAACUGUGCCAAUGCCCAUGUUUACAGAAGUCAGGGGAAGGAACGAACCUGUGUCCUUGGUAAGACAGUCAACUGUAGCUAGGUGUUGACCUCAGAACUGCAUUUUAUUUAUUAAUUUAUAAGAGAAACAGGCCAGAAUUCUAGACUCUGUUUCUAGGUGCUGUUAUCAAACCCCAGAUGAUAGUGAUAGAAAAUGUAGAACUUAGGAAAAUAGCUGGAAUCAUGAAUGACAAUGAGAGAUGUCAAUGGAGACAAAGUUGUGAGCUUCCUCCUACCACCUGGCCUUGGAGGCUAUCGUUGAUAUCGUAGUACUUUACGUGGAUUCACAUGAACUGAAACUCUACCACUUGGCCUAGGAUGUUGAAAGGCUGCAAACGCCUUCUGGGUAGAUAACAAAUGACUCUGAGAGAGGAUCUCCAUUAUGUGAAUCUAGGUAAAAAGAUGGAAAAAAAAAUUGUAUUAUACGAUCCUAAGGAUGGGAAUAGCAGACCAGCCAACAGGAUAGCCUUGGGUACAUCACUCAGUCUUUCUGGACUCAUUUUUUCCCCAGCGAAAGCCAAGCUGGACUGAAUUUCUGGACUUCUCAUCAGUGUACAUUCUGUGGUUCUCCAGUGCUUGGUGAUCAGUCCAGUUUAAGGACUGGCUCUGUACUGACAUUUAUUGUUGGUACAGGCAAAGAGGAGCCUGUUGUCUGUUAGGGACCACUAAAUAAUCAGCAACCACAAAUGGAUUUUUUUUUUUUUUAAGGAAAGCUAUCUAGCUCAGUUUUCUGUGUAGUUGAGAAUAGAGAUGUGUGCCUUCAUUUCAUUUUGACAUUUACCCAGCAUGCCUCAGUUCCACACUGUGACCAGUGCAAGAAGAGGAACUAUGAUAAAAAUAAUUCAACAGGGCCGGGCGCGGUGGCUCACGCCUGUAAUCUCAGCACUUUGGGAGGCCGAGGCGGGUGGAUCACGAGGUCAAGAGAUCGAGACCAUCCUGGUCAACAAGUUGAAACCCCGUCUCUACUAAAAAUACAAAAAUUAGCUGGGCAUGGUGGUGCGUGCCUGUAGUCCCAGCUACUCGGGAGGCUGAGGCAGGAGAAUUGCUUGAACCAUUGCACUCCAGUCUGGGUAACAACGGUGAAACUCUGUCUCAAAAAAAAAAAAAAAUUCAACAGGCAGGAAGGAAGGUGAAAAAUACUGAAGUCAGGCUAGUCUUGAACUCUUGAUUUCAAGUGAUCCACCUGCCUCUGCCUCCCAAAGUGCUAGGAUUACAGGUGUGAGCCAGUGUGCCUGGCCCCACCACCACCUUUUGAAACUCUCUGUAUUAGUAGAAUUAGGGGAAAGGUAAGCACAGCAUUCAGUUUUGUUCAGCACCAUACACAGGCUCCUAGCUGGGCAAAGGAAAUCUAAAGCUACAUGAAGUUCCAUUAAGUGUUUUUGUUGAACACAGAUGGCCUUAUCCAUCCAUCUGUGGCUUCUACUUGUGUGAAUCUAUGUGCUACAAAUUUUUUUUAAAUGUAUCAUUAAUUUUAAUUUCCAUACAGUUGGUACCCCACUACUGCCAAAACUGAGUCUCCAGGAACCCCACUGGGACAUUUGAUCAGUGGAAACUAAUCACCUGUUCGAGGGUAGGUAUUCAUUUUAGUCCUUGACCUCUGAUUAUGGGGACUUUCAGGGAAAGCUGUUCAUGAGGCAAGUGUGAAUCAGGCCAAACAGCAAGAUCUGAAGUCAGGACAGAGUAAGCAAAUUAUCCAGAGACCUAAUAUAUACCCUCUGAAGCUGGAAAGGCAGGGCCACCUGGUAGCAUUUCAGCAGGGGUCACUUAAUGUUCCCCCAUAAGUCUGCAUAGCUCCUAAACAAGGUCCAAGGGGGAACUUGUUUUUAUGUGGUCCUUUUAUAGCAUGCUGUAAGGGUGCAUAAUCACAGCCAGUGAAAAGGGAUCCUACUGGAUGUAACCCAGUGACAUUAUAUAAGCAAUCGCUUGGACUCAUAUAGGUAGUUUCCAGGUCUUGAAUAUGUGAUUCCUGGAAGCAUAGGCAUAGGCAGUAUUCCUUACAUAGGCGUUACCUGGACAGGUAAUAACUGUAACUAAUAAAUUGGCAUUUAUUAGUUUUUUGUUUUGUUUUUUUUUUUUUUUUUUGAGACGGAGUUUUGCUCUUGUGACCAAGGCUGGAGUGCAAUGGCGCGAUCUCGGCUCACCGCAACCUCUGCCUCCUGGGUUCAGGCAAUUCUCCUGCCUCAGCCUCCCGAGUAGCUGGGAUUACAGGCACGCGCCACCAUGCCCAGCUAAUUUUUUGUAUUUUUAGUAGAGACAGAGUCUCACCAUGUUGACCAAGAUGGUCUCGAUCUCCUGACCUCAUGAUCCACCUGCCUCGGCCUCCCAAAGUGCUGGGAUUACAGGCUUGAGCCACCGCGCCCGGCCAUUAGUUAUUAAUUGAAAAGGUCAGGGUGCCACUUCCAGUGAGUAUAGGGAAGCAAGUAGUAGUGGUGUUUACAGUAUCAAGGUUAGCAUUCCACUCUUCCUUUGGGAUUUCGGCGUGACUCACUGGGAACAUGGAGAGAUACUGGCAUUAAUAGAAUUGUUUCCUGAUUUGGGCAUUGACUCGCAAACUCCAGUUUCUUGCUAGAGUAUUAGCCUUUGCUAAAGCCAGCCGCAGAUUAUGGUCCCAUGGAUUUUCCCAUAAAGAGAGGGAAAGGAUUUGGGUGGCAGAAAAUAGGAAAGGGAAAAAGAUGAUUUUUUUAUUAUUGCAGUGAAGUCCUGAUCCACAAUCUAGGGAAAGCUGUUCAUGUCUAGGAUGUCAUUUCCUUCUGGGGAAAAACUUCCCUGCUUAGCUUUACCGAAUAGCCUCCAGGUAGUUCCAGGAGUCUGGAGAGGUCCUUUUGAGUUGUGGGAUGUGGCCCAAGGUUUAAAGCCCUGAAGGUUUACCACAGUGUGGGGAAUGGAAGAACUUGGUGUAUCUUUCAGUGAGGUUUAAGGGCACUUCUCUGAUGUCAUCUCCAGAAGAUUCAGUCUCAGUUUCCAGAUUGUGAAGGGUUUGAUUGUCCUCUGUGGGUCAUGGGAAGUUUAUUUUGUCAAAAUACAGUAUGACAUAAUGCAUCAUAGCUUUAUAGUAUUUAGUCAUAUCAGCAUUUAGGAGAGUAGGAACUACAUAAAGUUCUAUCAAGAGCACAAACUUUUCAGUAACUAUUUCAUAAGGGCUCCAUCUGUCUCUUGUAGGAGUGGCUCUGAUCUGCUGAUCAAAGCCAAUGGUUGACUUUCUUUUUAAGAGAUCAGAAAAAUAAAAAUUAAAUUAAAAGCCAAUGGUAGUACCUUUGGCCAAGAUAAUAUAAUCGAUUCAGUUAAUUUUGCCAAUUUUAAUUUUAAAAUGUUAUUGUCCUUCCCAGAAUAAGGGUGAAAGGGACAAUGGUAGUGCCAUUGUGUUUCUAUCACUUUAUUUAGCUGCUUUAUAGUUUUUCCAGUCAAAUGAGUUCAUUUUUUUUUUUUUUUUUUUUUUUGAGACGGAGUCUCACUCUGUCACCCAGGCUGGAAUGCAGUGGUGUGAUAUUGGCUCACUACAACUUCCGCCUCCCAAGUAGCUGGUACUACAGGUAGGCACCACCGCACCGGCUAAUUUUUGUAGUUUUUAGUAGAAACGGGGUUUCAUCAUAUUGGACAGGCUGGUCUUGAACUCCUUACCUUAUGAUCUGCCUGCCUCAGCCUCCCAAGGUGCUGGGAUUACAGGUGUGAGCCACUGAGCCCAGCCAGGAAACACAUUUUCUUAUAACUCCUUAGCUACUGUCAUAGCAUCAGCUUUCUUACACCAGAAAGCUUCUAUCCAGACAGAAAACAUGCCAGCUGUUACAAGAACAUACUGAUACUGACUGAGGGUGGCAGUUGAAUGAAGCCCAUCUGUAAAUGUCCAAAUGAUCCAUCAUGUGGUGGUGGGAAUAUACCACUUGGAGUUUUUAUUAUCUUCCCAGGAUUAUGAGUUUGACAAACUAAAUAUUGGUUAUAACCUAUUUUAGCAAUUUAGAGUAGUCACACUACCAAUAUGUUUUAUAAUUUGACUCAUUUUGCUCAUUUCAUGAGGAAUUGUGAAGUGCCGAGUUUUGCUUUUUUUUUCACACAGGGUCUCACUCUGUCACCCAGGCUGGAAUGCAGUGGUGCAAUCAUGGCUCACUGCAACCUUCACCUCCAGGGCUCAAGCAGUCCUCGCACCUCAGCCUCCUGAGUGACUGGGACUACUGGUGUGUACCACCAACCAUCCCCAGCUAAUUUUUGUAGAGAGGAUUCUACCCUCUUGCCCAGGAGGUCUUGAACUCCUGGGCUCAAGCCAUCUGUCCAGCUCAGCUUCCCAAAGUGCUGGGAUUGUAGGGAUGAGCCGUUAUGUCUGGCCAAGUGCAAAGCUUUUAACAGUGGAAGUUUCAAAGGCUCAGGAAGGACCAGGGAGCCAUCUGGGCUCUCCAUGAGUUCACACUUAACAUUAUGUUUAUAUCUGUCAGACAACAAUUUUGGUUUUCCAGAUGAGGUGCAUUGCACUGUUAGAUGGGUCAUCAAAAAGGUCAUCAGUCUAAUGGUGUUCAUUCAUUGCACAUCCUGUUUCAGCACUGUCUGAUUUAGCAUGAAACUCUGCCAGGGCAUUCCCUUGAGAUUCAGAUUCAGUUUUGCAGGUAUGGGCUUCAAUCUUAUAAGAAUUUGUUAUUUAUUUUUCACCUUUAUUCAAGAUGUAGCAGGUUCAUCCAAUUGAGUCUGUUUUUAAUGGAGGCUCCACUAGAAGUGAGAAACCCUCUUUGUUUCCAUAACAUGCCACAACUGUGGACUACUCCAAAGGCAUGUCUGCUAUGUAAAUAACAUUUACUGAUUUCCCUUUAGCUAUAUGACAAGCUGAGGUGAGAGCCAUAGCUCUGCAGUUGGAGCACUCAUUUUGGGUUGUAAUGACAUAUCUUGCCAAAGAAUAAUUUCAAAUGAUGUUAGUCUACUUGCUGAAAAAUGCUGGGUUUGACUGGAAUUUAACGGACUUUCCACAGCACGUGGAACUUGCAAAAAAAGUUCAUUCUCUAAAACCAGCUCAGAUGAACCCUUUACCAAUCUGGUGGUUGCUGCCACUGCCUCUAAACAAUUAGGAUAUGCCUUAGCUAUUGCAGCCCAUAAUAUGUGAUGGGCCUAUGUUUUCCCAGCUAUGUUCUUUUUUUGCGGGGGUGGGGAGGGAGGGUGGAGUUUUGCUCUUGUUGCCCAAGCUGGAGUCCAAUGGUGCAAUCUCGGCUCGCUGCAAUCUCCGCCUCCCAGGUUCAAGUGAUUCUCCUGCCUCAGCCUCCCAAAUAGCUGGGAUUAGACAUUUGCCACCAUGCCCAGAUAGUUUUUGGUGUUUAGUAGAGAUGGUGUUUCACCAUGUUGGUCAGGCUGAUCUCAAACUCCUGACCUCAGGUGAUCCACCCACCUCGGCCUCCCAAAGUGCUGGGCCGACUUGGUUGUUGAGUAAGAAUUCCUAACGCCUGAUUGUUUAUGAACAAACAAGGUGAAGGGUUCAGUAUAAUUUGGAAAGCCUAGAGCAACUGUAUCUGUUACUUUCCAUCCUGGUUUAUGUUUCUUUUUUCCUUUUUUUUUUUAAGACAGAGUUUCGCUCUUGUUACCCAGGCUGGAGUGCAAUGGCGCAAUCUCGGCUCACCGCAACCUCCGCCUCCUGGGUUCAGGCAAUUCUCCUGCCUCAGCCUCCUGAGUAGUUGGGAUUACAGGCAUGCACCACCAUACCCAGCUAAUUUUUUGUAUUUUUAGUAGCGACGGGGUUUCACCAUGUUGACCAGGAUGGUCUCAAUCUCUUGACCUUGUGAUCCACUCGCCUUGGCCUCCCAAAGUGCUGGGAUUACAGGCUUGAGCCACCGUGCCCGGCCUGGUUUAUGUUUCUUAAUUAAACUACGAAGUUCUGAGUGAAGUGCUUUUUAAAUAGAGCGGUUAAUGCCAUUUCUGUCCCUGCAGGUUUUCACAAGUAGUGUUUCUAAAUGAGCUCUAUAUUCUGAAACUGCUUCAUCUUUCUUUUGCUCGCAAGAUUAUGUGAUCGACCAAUCCAUUUUUUGUGGAAAAACCUUACAGAUUGAAUUAAAAAGAUUUUCAGCAAUUCUUCUGGUUCCUUUUGGCCUUCCUUUGAGGUUUUGGAGUGGUCUUUAACAUCCUCAGGUUGUUUCCAUUCUGCUCCUGCCAUCCAUUUUCGAGCUUCACCGGGUCCCAGUUAUCAUGUGAAGAAAUUGGUGAAGAUUAGGGAGUCCUGGAUCAUAAGCUCCUAUGAGGAUUCUCAAUUUCUCCAUACAUUUUUUGAGUAUUUUCUCUUGGAUUAGUUAAGUCUUUAUGAUGCCUCUAAGCUCAGCUUUAUAGACCUUGGAGUAAAAGUGGUUACAGCAGGCAGGGCUCCUUGACUAGAGAAUCUCACUUUGUAAGGCAUUUACCAACUUCCCCUUUUUCAUUAGCCUCAAGGAGAAAAGGUAAUUGAGCAAAAGGGUUAAAGAAGAGAAAGAGAAGGAGCAGUUGGGGUUAGUGUGCUGCAUGAGCCUUUGAUUUGCAUUUUAUAAAGAAUCUUUUAGGGAGGCAAUUUUAGAUUUGUAUAAUCUUUUAGAUGCCUCUGCAUACCAAUUUAAAAUGCAUCCCAUUGCUUUUGUGGAGUUUUGGAUCCUUUCUUUUCUAAUGUGCCCCACAAAUAAACAAUUUUAUUUAAA